CUGCAAAGUUAAUUCAAAACCAAACGUUUAGUUCUAUCUCAAACCUCAAAGACCAAAUUCUUAAAUCAUAUCGCGCGCUCAGUACUCCCUUCUUCUUCCCUCAGCUUUCCCUGCGUCUCGCCCGUCCCCGAUGGUUCUUGCCAGUCGCCGCUGGGUCUUGCCCGUCACCGCUGGGUCUUUCCCGUCGCCGGUGGUACUCCAGCAAGAUCUCGGGUUUUUGUCGGGAUUUUAAUUUGGAAUUAAGUUAGAAAUUAGGGCUUGUGAAUUAGAAUUUGGGGAUUUGGGAGUUAGGGCUUUUCGUAUCAGCGGCAGAGCACCACUCGGAACCACUCCACAGCAGCGGCGUGAGUGACCGACGACAACCCGCAGUGGUGGUCGACGGAGCAAGCUAGGUUGAUUUGAUUCAGGGGAUUGGAAGAUAACCAACUUGGUGGACCUCUGCCCAAGAGCCUUGGGAAUUUGAUUAACUUGAGAACCUUGUGAGUCUGUUUUUCAGUGAACUCUAGAAGAUGAUACUUGGAGCACUUCAAAUCUGCUUAUACAACAUUAUGUUUCAAUAUGAGGAUAAUUCUUGUUGUGUUUAAAUAUAAUACUAUGCAGCUAGUUGGUGAGACUUGGUGGCUAACUGAUUGUUAUAAUAUUACAUAUUUUUCCAUGUCUUUAAAGUUUGAGGUUUUUGUGUUGUUUACUCGUUUCCUUUGCAAGAUUUUCAUAUUGUACAGUACAAGAUUCAUUUACAAAAUAUUUUCUCCUCUUGUAGAGUACUUGCUGCAAGCGUUCUUCUGGCUAUAAUAUGGGCAAAUUCUAGAUCACUUCUUUUAGCAGUUGGUCAAGAUGAUCAAAUUGCAGCUCAAGCCGGACACUAUGCUGAAUUCGUGAUCCCUGGUCUCUUUGCUUAUGGUCUUCUUUACUCACUUCAGAGAUUCUUACAAACCCAGAACAUCGUUUUCCCUAUGAUGAUAACUGCAGGGAUCACUACAUUACUGCAUUUGCCAGUUUGUUGGACUUUGGUCUUCAAAUGUGGUCUUGGAAACCGAGGAGCUGCCCUUGCAACUGGUGUAUCUUAUUGGAUUAAUUCUCGACACAGCUGCACUUGUGUGGAUGAUCCCCUUUGGUCUUAGUGGUGCUGUCAGGUAUUUUUCUCUUUUUCUUCUGAUGUUUGUGAGACUUGUUACCAAAAUUACCUCUUGAAGUGAACUAAAAAAGUAAAUGUGGGUGUUCCUGCUAAUGUUGCUGUCGGAAUAUCGCGAUUAGGAGGGUCAAUUUUGCCUGUUUCUUUGAUCUUUUACUUUCACUUUCAUAAUUCCAUUAUUUCUAAAUUUUGUUUUUGAUUUUGUUUGGUAAUUUUCGAAUUGAAAUCCUGAAUUAGAGCUUUUCAUUGAGCUUUUCAUUGCUUCUUUCUGCCCUCUCCUUACCCUGCUGCUUUCUGUCCUCUCCUCCUCUUCUUACCUGCUUUUUCUCUCUCCUAUGAUAUGGCUUACUGAAGGAGAGAAAGAUGAGUUCUUUUCUCUCAGCUUCAUAAUUGAUUUCUUCAGAUUAGGUUUAAGGAUCAAAUUUAGUAUUUAUGCAGAGUUUCAUCAUUAUCGACUUCAACAGUUAAGAUUAUGCAGGCUUUAGAUCCCCGACAAGGUGUGUUGUUGAUUUUCAAUUAAUUCAAGUAUUCAAUACUUUUGACUAUAUGCUCUCAAUUUUGCAUUUUUCUGUUAAUUAUAUUGUUGUCCCGCUUUGGAUCUCUCUGUUUAUCUCAAUGUUAGUUUACUUGUAGAUUGUUUCUUCGAUUUAUGUGGUCACAGGUUGCUGGGCGAAUUGUCCCUACAUUGUGUCAAUUUUUCUAUUGGUUUACAAUUGAUAACCCCUAAAUCUGGAUUUUUUUUUUAGUUUUAGGUUAGCUUGAUGAAAUUAAAUUCAGUUCUUAGCACAAAAUUUUCUGUAUUUUGAAGGAUUUUUGGAAGGGUCAGAAUGUCUGCUAGAAGUUGUUGACUGAAUCAAUCCAUGCCAUAAAUUUAAUAAAUGUUUCAACUGAGAUGAACUAUAGAUGAACAUUCCUCAUCCACCAAAAGUUGUCCAAUGACUGAAAUUAAACACAUGCAGACACAAAUGAAUAAACAACAGGUACUGCAGUUUGAUACCGUUCCAUCAACUCAUGCGGCUUCUCAUUCGAGUGACAGAUCGAAGGAGACUGAUCAUAAGACUCUACGAAGGCUUGCUCAGAACCGUGAGGCAGCAAGGAAAAGCCGGUUGAGGAAAAAAGUCUAUACUCUGAGGAAUGCGCCUUAUGCUAGUGAGGAAAUUGAUGUGGUUCGUGAGCAAUGGGCUAAGUUUUUUACCAGCAAAUAUUUAUUAUUGGCCUGAUCGCGCUUGAUCGAGUUGGUUUAGAUGUUAUAGACCAAUCUUUUAUAUUAAAAUGUAUGCGUACAAUUAAAUUGGAACAUAUAUUUAAAUGUACGUGCACUUUGGUUUCAUGUAUACAAAACAAUAAUUAUUGUUUUUA